AAUCGAUCUUGAAAUUUGUAUAGCAAACGUUCUUAAAAUAAGUAUUCGCUCUUAAAUUGAAAGUGUAAUCAGAAAAAGAAUUUUCUUUGGAAAUUCUUUCGAUCCUGUAUAAAGAAAAUACGAGCUUACCGAACUUUUGACAUCGUUUAGGAUUUGUCAUCGAAAUACGCCACUUUUUUAGUGAGGGUAAGGCGCACUUGAUUAGUGGUGAUAAGAUUUGGCUGUAUAUACGUUACUACGUACAUAUACUCUGGGAAUUUUGGGGAAGCGCUUGUGCUACAUUAGCAGCGGCUAUACAAUUUAAACACAGUUCUGAACUUGAGACCAGUUCCGUUUUCGCAGUCGGCGAUAAUACAUUUCCCAUACUAGCCGAAAUGAGUCCGCGCAUCUUAGGAAUUUUUCUGAUAAUUUCGGUCCUGGAUCAGCUAUAUCUCGUUGACGGCACCAAUGGACUGCAGGAAUCGCCGUCGUCUGAUCGAAAUCUGGAAAGCAAAUGUAGUGCAUACUACUCUAACCUGGAAUACACUAUUAAAGAAUUAAAUAGAAAGUUGGACUUUUUUGAACACCAAUUACAAAUCAAGGAUGAACAUAAUAAGGAAAAUGUGAAACAAAUGGAAACUAUUUACAAGUUGCAGAGUCAGUUAACAAUCAAGAGCAAGGAAAAAGAAAUGUCUGCAACUAUUAAUAACCUAAACAUGAGGUUGGUUAAUGCAGAACAACAACUAAAAUUCAAAGAUGACCUCAUACAAGAAAAAGUGAAAGAAAUUCAGGACUGUGAUCUCAUAAAAACGAAAGAUAAGCAAGUACUUGAACUAGGUGAAAAGGUUAACUUUAUGACAGUUACUAUAAGUAACCUGCGGAAUCAGUUGGCAGUUAAGGUUCAAAUAAAAGACAUUUAUGAUAGAAUUGAGGAGGUGAAAAAACGAGAUGACAUUAUAAAGUCAAAAGAAAAAGAAAUUAGUGAUAAGAGUGAACAAAUUAAGAACUUGGAGGGAAAAAUUACUGUUAAAGAUAACCAAAUAGAAAACCUCAGUGCACAAAUUUCGACCAAAGACAAUGAAAUCGAUAGCCUUCACAAUCAGACUAAGCAUGAUUUGGAAACGGUAACUGAAAUGACCGAUGAACUGUUUAUGUGUCGUGCAGUGGAAGAUUGCCCCAUUGGCCGUCCAAAUGGAAUAUACAAAAUAAAUAAACCCGGAAUAUCUAUAUUUGAGGCUCCCUGUAAUUCGACUGGUUGGAUGACCAUUCUAAGGCGUCAGGACAAAUCAGUGGACUUCAAUCGAAACUGGGCUAACUAUACGAAUGGGUUUGGAAACUUAAAUGGAGAGUUUUUCAUCGGAUUGGAGAAGCUGCACCAGAUGACUAAGGAUAAGCCCCACGAACUGUACAUAAAGCUUAUGAAAUUUAAUGGAGAAUCUGCUUACGCUCACUAUGAUAACUUUCAAAUCGGAAGCGAGCAGGAAUUCUAUAAGCUAAAAUCACUGGGAACAUUUUCUGGGACUGCUGGGGAUUCUUUGAGAAUACACGAAGGAAUGAAGUUCUCCACGUUUGAUAGCGACCCUGACACUGCUAACUGCGCUGAAGUAUACAAAGGUGGUUGGUGGUACAACAAUUGUCAUGGCAGUUGUCUUACUGGAAGAGACAAGUUUUAUUUUUAUUGGAGAGCUUUCGGUAGUUGUAACUUUUCUGAAAUGAUGAUAAAGCCGAAGUCAAUGUGAUCUUUAAAUGUGAACAAUUUAUAUGCGCC